CAAAAAAGUUGUGCCUUUACUAGUCCUGUAUUAUAGGACUGAUAAGGCCUUCUGUAAUAUGAUCAACCACUUCAAUAGUUGCAUUGCAGAGUUCUCCAAAAUAGGCCUAUUCAUCUAUAGAUUAGUUCUCUAAACUAAGAAUAUUGGAAUAUUCCCCCUGCAGUGCCCUUAAUUGAGUUUAUUAUGGACUAAUUCAUUUUGAAAUCAUUGACAUGUUGACAUCGACAUGUUUCCUGUAGCUGUUGACACUGAUAGGCUAUAUUAAACUCACCUAUUGUUCGAGCUAAUCGCUCGUAAUUUACGCAGCAAAUAUCAUUUAUAGAUUUAAAGAUUACGCACGAAUCAUUACGUUGUGACCGAUUUAAACUGUGAGAUUGAUUGACAGCUUGGGUUUGGUCAACAACCAUUCUUGUGAAUUGCUCUGCAUAAAAUUCCCCUGACUUCGUGUCGGUGUCACGCAAGAGAGCCCACCCAGAUCAGCAUGGUAUAAAUGCAGCAUCGGAUUGGGUUUGAAAGUCUGUCACGAAUAACUGCGCUUCUAUUGCCAUUUGGAAAUUUUGCGUCCAGGAGGAGAGUUCUAUAGCCUAUUUCUUCCGUAGAGAUGUCCGGAUUUUUUUUGAACGUUUGCCAACUUGGUUUUUUUACCUACCUUGUGCUUUUUUCUUACAUUUCUGUAACCACUUCAGUGAGUUUUGAUUUAACCGAACUUGGAAAUAAAGUUGCGAAAAUUAAAGUUAAUCAAAGAGGGAAUCUUUGGGCGACAGGUCAUUUUAUGGGCAAGAAGAGUGUCAUGGAUAGCCCUCUGCUCCAGUCUCCCGAUGGGCAGUCUGUGGAUGCGUUCGAGGUCGCCUUGAGUCCGGAGCAGAACGGGAUGAGUAAUCUCUUCCAAGAUGUGCUGAGGGUCGCGUUGCAAGCCCAACUCAGAGAUGACACAGAGAACCGCUCGAAAAACCAGGAGACUGGAUUGUUGAUGAAGAUAUUAGAGAGCUACAUUGAAAACAACAGAAAGUGAUGCAGAGGUCUAUCAUAAUGUUCCUUAUAACCAAGAUGAAGUCAUCCAGUCUAUGUCUAUAAAGGUUUUGGUCAACAUGGAAUCAAAUCUCAUAUGCUUUAACGUGAUUGUAACAUGUCUGUUCAGUUUACAGUUGACCAAAAUGCUAUUUGCAAUGUCACUGGAUCUGAAAUGAAGGGUGAAUCAAAUGUACAUGUGUAUUUAUCGUUUUUGAGGAUGUGCUGCAUUGUAUUGUUGAUAUUAAAUUAUUUAUAUUCAAUAAAACCAAUUAUUUUCAAAUUC